AUGGAAAAUCAAAGAGUAAUCUCAACUGAUAAAGGAUCAACAACAAAAGCUACUAAAAGAAACAUAGAAUCAGCAGAACAACUGACUCCCACAUCACCGGAAAUGUCAAUGGUAAAAACAAAAAAAUCAGCAAUAGAGGAAGCUGCAGCAAGAUUAAGUAAUGUUAUGAUGAAUAAUAAUGGUAUUUUUAAUUCUAAUCUUGCUUCAAAUUAUCUUUUCAUCAAUUCAACUCACAAAGAUUAUCAUAUGAGAGAAUAUGGGUGUAAUUUUGACUUUGUACAUGAAUAUUCAUGUCCACCAUCAUUACCAUCUUUCUCCCAAAAUUCAGUAGGAACAAUGAUACAAUCAAUCAAGGAACUAGAACUUUAUGACUCAUUUAAAUAUGCAUUUCUAGACAAUUCAAAGAAAUUUUUUCGUGAGAAAAGUCUAUCAUAUCGACCAUUAAUUGAAAAUCGUAAUAUAGGCACUUAUUUGAAGUUGAUCAAGCAACAAAUUGAGUUUGAGAUUGAUAAAGUGACUUAUUUUUUUGGUGAAGAUUUGUAUAUCAGAGAAUCUUCAGCUAAGAUCAUGAUUAAUGAAUAUUACCUUAGGCAUAUGGAUAUUAUAAUUGAAAAAGCGAAUUUGGUUUUAUUAUAUGAUAUUUGUAAGACUAUCGAUUCAAUUGACUUUUUGGAUAUUUUCUUUAAAAAAUACAUCAAUAAUAUUUAUAAUUCACGCAUUAUCUUUUCACCACAAAAAUCACUAAUAAUCAACAAAGAAAAUUUGGAAACAUUAAGUCAAUUAAAUAAAAAAUUUAAAAACAUUCAAUCAAAUGAAAAACAUUCAAAUAUUGUAAAUAUGUGGAAUAAAAAUUUUAUGUCAUUUGUCAAUGAAAAAAAAGAUAAUAUCACUAAUUUUUGUGUCGAUUAUAUUGAUCAUUUAAUAAUAACACCUUCAGACAACACAAAAUCAGAGAAAACAGAUGAAAUAUUAGAAAUUACUUCAUUAAUCGUAUUAUUAGAUGGGGAUGAUUUAUAUUUAGAUAAUUUAAAUGCAAUGAUUAAAGACAUCCAUGAAUCAAUUGAAAUAAAAAAAGAUUUUGAUAUUUUUAAUCAUCUAAAAGUAACAAUAUUAACAGGGUCUUAUUGGCCAAACUUUAUCACUGGAUCGUCAUCUGGAGUUGCUGAUCUAAAAAUACCAUAUGAAUUGUUCUUGAUGAGAAAAUCAUUUCAAGAUUAUUAUUAUUGCAAGGGAAAAGAUAGAAAUCUUAAAUGUAUCAAUAUGCACAUGUUUAUAAUAUUGGAAAUGUUCAACUAUACAAGAUCAUAUCAAAUAUCAUACACUAUUCGUGAAAUUAUGAAAAAUACUGAAUUAGAUUUUGAAGUAUUAAAAAGUGCUUUAAGUUCACUGAUAUUUGGCGAAGUUAAAUUGUUAAAUAAAUUUGUGAAUUCAAAGAGAUUGAAUUUAUCCGAUGCUAUUUUUAUUAAUGAAAACUUAAACUACAUCGAAUCAACCGUUGACAAUCCAAUAAUAAUCGCUGAACGAAAAUCACAAAAACAGGUAUCAACAUCAGAGGAUGUUCAAACCUCUUCUUAUAAUAUAUCCAACGAAAUAAGAAUAGAUUCAAGGAUAAUGAAAUUAAUGAAAUUGCAUAAACGUUACCAACAUAAUAGUUUGAUUAGUUUUAUACAAAAAGAUUUUAAAAAUAAUUUUCAUCAACAAAUUCAGGGAAAACUUAUCGACGUUCAGAUUAAAUCCUUAAUAAAACGACAAUUUUUAAGAGUUGAGGGCAAAAAUGUUAUUUAUGAAUUGUCUUCCAUAGAACGUAUUUGCUUUCAAAUUGAACAAGCUCAUUGGUUCUACGAAGAUUUUGUUCGUGAACAAAAUCCAAGUUUACCCAGCUUCACAUUAAAACAUGAAAAGGCGUUUGGAGAUUUCAUGAAGUACAAGAUUAGAGUUCCAGUUUGUGGCGCAAUAAUGUUAAAUUCUACAAUGGAUAAAGUAUUAUUGGUAAAAGGUUGGUCUUCACGAUCAGGUUGGGGUUUUCCAAAAGGUAAAAUAAAUAAAGACGAACUUGAUUCAAUCUGUGCUGCCAGAGAGACUGGAUAUGAUAUCACACCACUUAUCAAAGAAAAAGAUUUUGUGGAAAUAACAAUUCGUGGCCAAAGAAUUAGAUUGUAUAUAGUGGUUGGUGUACUAGAAGCUACCGAAUUUUGUCCACAAACGCGCAAAGAAAUCAGCGUAGAAUGGCAUAAUCUUUUAGAUCUUCCCACUUGGUCAAAAAACCGUAAUAAAGAAUCACCCUUUAAUUGUGGUGGUGGUUGUGUAAAAUAUGGUAGCAGUAGAUAUUACAUGGUUGUUCCGUUUGUUACUAGAAAAGGUAAAGCUAAGGCUGAUUUAUAUUAUACAAAAAAAUCAAAAUCAAAACCUGCUACCAGUACCAGGAACACUACUAUUAGUAGUAGCAGCAACACUAGCGAAAAGCCCAAAUAUGAAUUGAUUAAUGUAAACACAAAAUUGAAUUUAAGGUUUCUGCCAAUUUCUGUUCAACCUAAUCGUAGAAUACUUAUUGCUAAACUGGAUCCUGAUCAAUCAUCAUUUAAUCAAAACGCUCCAGUUGGUCCAUAUGAACCUGCUAUUUUCGAUUAUAAUAAAAGGAUCAAUGUCACGAAUCAAAAUAAUAACACCACUACCAGAACCACAAUAUCUAUUGAUGAUAAAGUACUCGUGCCAUCCCUAAUUGAUAAUGAUUUGGAAACUCAACGAAAAAAUUCAUUGCUCAGCAUACUUCAACCAACAAAAUCAUUAGCAUCCUCAUCAUCUAAUGCUGCAGCAGUAAUUAAUAAACAAUUGGAAAAUCAUAAUAAAAAUAUAGAAUAUAUUCAUCAAAUAAAUUCUUCUUCAAACAGCAAUCCAUUAUAUAAUAAAAUAUUACAAUCACCUUCUCUUUAUAAUAACAGCAAUAACAUCAACAGCUAUUACAACAAUAAUAAUAUUUAUUAUAAUAAUAAUAACCAUGCAUUAUUAUUAACAAUUCCACAUCCAAUUCAAGAUACUUCUGCUAAUAAUGCACUUUAUGAAGAAAUAAAGGCACAAGAAAGACAAUUACUUGAUUGGAUAACAACUCAAAUAUA